UCUCCCUUUUCUGCCCAGGGGGAGGGAGCGUUGGGCUGGGCACCCAAUGGCCCAGCUCCCCUCUAGCACCAGCGUCAUCCUGGGUCACAGGGACUCCUUCUAACAAGUCAAUCAGUUGGACCGUACCAUGGAUGGAAGUCUAUGUGGAUUUAAGUGGAAUAGUGCAUGGGUGCUCCAGCAUAGGUCAGAGUUCACUAGCGUGCACUGGACUCAUCAGGGGAAGACAGAAGACACGUUGGUCCACAAACCAGCAGGGACACAGCCCCAUUAAUGCUGUGGAAACACUUGAAGAAUGAUGAGCUCCAAAGAGGAAGAAACUCUCCGUUUUUUCCAGUAUGUUGAGGAGAAUGGGCUGAGAGCUUACAACGGCCUGGUAGCUCAGAACUUGGACCACGCCAGGAAUGAGAGAAAUAGGACAUUCCUGCAGGAGAAAAACGACAAGAAGAGAAAACAGGAGGAAGCCAUAAGGAGGACAGGUGAGGACAUUGCAACUGAAGGCAAGCACUUACGCAUGGGCUCCAUCACCAUGCCGGACCCCCAAGAACGCAUGCCUAUGCCCCACCCGCAUGCCCUCGCCUGUGGGCAGGGCUUCUCCGUACGCUCCCAGUCCCUCCACUCUGUUGGUGGUGGGAACAGUGGGGGUGGUGGAGAGGAGGAGGUGGGAAGCCCGACCUCUAGGAAGCAGCCCCCACCCAAGCCCAGGAGGGACCCUGCCACUAAGCUGAGCAUGUCGUCUGAGGCGGUGGACCACAGUCCCACGUCCACCUGCCGCGGGGAGAGAUGUGACGCAGCUCAAGGAUGUAGUGAGGACUGCAGGAGGGUGCCACCACCCAAACCUAAGAGGAACCCCAACACACAACUGAGUGUUUCCUUCGAUGAAUCCUACAUCAAGAGCCAUGGAGGCAGCGGAGUUUGCCCCUCCAGACCCCUCCACCAUGUCACCUCCCCCUGCGAACGCAACCCCUCACCUCCACAGAGCGACGAUAGCCCCACAGACGACUGUGAAGACGAACCUGUCUACAUAGAGAUGGGCGGGAUUGACGUUGGAGCACGAGAACCCCUGAAGAGCGAGGACGAGGAGCCAGGAGAGUCUGUGUACGAGGAGAUGAAGUACCCAGCUCUGGAUGAUAUGGAGUACCGUACUGACCCUGUGGGAUGUCGCUCUGCAUGCCCCACCCCGGCACCCUAUGACCCUGAACCUCUUAGCCGUUGCUCCACACCUCGAAACAUUCCACUCUGUGACAUUCCUGCACCCUUUCCCAAUUUGCUCACUCAUAGGCCUCCGCUGCUGGUGUUCCCUCCAGCGCCGGCCCAGUGCUCGCCGAACUCAGACGAGUCUCCCCUCACCCCUCUAGAUGUAACCAAGUUGCCCAUGCUGGAGAACCAGUCCUACAGCAAAUCUCCAACAUCCUCCACUGAGCCACCCUCCUCCGCACACAUCCGCAGGGAGCUCACUGCCACUCCGACCCUCACCGUCUCUGGCCGCUCCUCUGCACCUCCUCUACCCUGCACCCUCUACAAAUCCUCUUCCUCAACCUCUUAUCAGCGUAGCCACUCUGCUUGCCCAUCGCCAGUCAGCAUGGGCCGCUGUCUCACGCCUCUCAGCCUCAUGCGUACACCUCCCUUUGACACUCCAAUGCCGUUCCCGGGGGGUCUGCCUAGGAGCGCUUCUGCUACCCCUCACGGCAAAGGCUCGCCACCUCAAGACGGAGUGGGUCGACACCAUGGCUCUAUGCAGAAUGUGUCAACGGGGCGUUCACGGACACCCACCAGCCCACUGGACGAACUAACCAAUCUGUUCACAACUGGCAGGAACAUGCUGAAGAAAAACGCCAGUGGCAGGAAGUCUAAAGAGCCUGGAGAGACUGAGUCUAAAAGCAAGUCUCACAGCGAGUCUAAGCGUGAGGGCAAGGAGCGCCACAGUCACAGUCACAGCAAGGAGUCCAAGCGAGACUCCAAGGAUCGCCACAGCAAAGAGUCUUCUCACCGGAGAGAUAGAGACAAAGACAGGGACAGAGACAAGGACAAAGAUAAAGAAAGAGGGAGCAGCAAUGUAGAGCCAGUGUCCCACAGGCGCAACAGUAAAGACCGUACUUAUAGUGGUACAGACGCACCACCUGUUCGCAGGGAUAGCAGGGACCAGGGCUGCAGCAGUGUUGAGCCCAUCACGUUGAUAAGAAGAGACUCCAAGGACAGGGGGCUUAGCAAUGGUGACCUUAUGUUGAGGAGAGACAGCAAAGAUCGAGGCGGGGGACAUGGAAUGGAGUCUUUGUUGAGACAGGACAGCAAAGACAGAGAUAGACUGCUAGAUCAGCCGCCUGAGCUGUUACCGAGACAAGACAGCAAGGAAAGGGCAAGAAACGGUGUAGACUGUAGACUUGAAAGCAGAGAGAGACUGCUGGAUCAACCACCAGAACUCUUACCACGACAGGACAGCAAAGAGAGAGCCAGGAACGGUGUAGACUCAAAGCAUGAAAGCAGAGACAGGCCGCCUGAGCUUCUCCCCCGACAAGAGAGCAAAGACAGAGCCAGAACCGGAGCAGAUUAUAGGCAUGAUAGCAAAGACCACCGUCCAGAUUUGUUACCCCAACAAGAAAGCAAAGUGGAACAUAGACAUGAAGGUAGAAUAGACCAGCCACCUGAGAUCCUACCCCGACAAGAAACAUCCAGAAGCAGCAACAGCAAGGACAGGGUUGGCUACAGCUCUGAAUCCAAGCAUGAGGGGAGAGAUCGGAGCUGCCACAACGGGGGAGAUCUCCCUCCACCUCCUCUGCCCAGGCAGGACAGUAAAGACCUGAACAGAACUGGUCUGGAAGCGAGACGGGACAGCAAAGACAGAAGUCUGAACGGCUCAGAGCAGCAUCAUUAUGAUGUCAAGAGCAACAAGAGCCCUUCUGCAAUGGAGUAUAGGUGUGAUAGUAAAGAACGAGGUUAUAGAUCAGAUGGCACGCCCAGACGAGACAACAGAGCAAAUUAUAGCACGGAUCAAUCAAAAGCACAAGAGAGGAACGGAGGCACAGUGUCAGGGCAGCAUUCAUCCACAACGACACCUACUCAUCAUGGGAGAUCAUCUGGUAGCCCACCAACGACCAUGGGAACAGGAAAUGAUCUGAAAGCAGCAGCUAAGUACAGCCGCUCACCUUCUAUGCCUGCUAACCCCUCCCCAAUGGGAACUCCACAAAGGAAAGCAGCAGAGACUCAUCACAGUCAGAUGCCCCAGAUGCCAUGGAUCUGUGGAGACACCACCAUGCUAGAACAGAUCGAGAGGAAACGCACCCUCUGCAUGGAGAUCCGAUCCAGACAGCAUCCUCACCUGCAGAGGUCUCUGGAGAGACCUCCGCCUCCGGACAGGAGCGAGGACAGACACCAGGAGCGGAGUCAGUGCAAGCAAGAGAGUGCAUCUGUCCUCCCGAGCUGGGGGAAAAGCAGCGGGGCCAAAAAGAUCCGUCCUCCCCCUUACCCUACACAGAAAACCGUAUUCUGGGACACGGCCAUCUGACAAUAACGACACACUCACACCUCCCUGCCACACAACCCUAAAUUACCCGCUCCCUCUUUCCUCUGGGUUGUGCUGAUUCUCCCCCUGCAACAUCAGGGGCGUCAGGACAGCCAAUAAGAGCACCGGGGGGGAUGAUACUCGCUGAUGUCAAAGGACAAUGGUGGUUACCAUAGCAAUAUUUCUGCUCGUUCAGGUUGUCAUGUUUUCUUAUCAUCACUGGUGAUAUUUGAUAUUUUUCUAUUUCCUGUGACUGGAUUCUUGUAAUAUACUUAGUAGAAUAGAUAUUUGAUGAAUAGAUAUUUUCUA